CAAGGAAAGGCAGCAGACAGCCGAACAAAAGUGGAAUAAACAAACCUAGAUAAACACCAAUCCAAAGGGAAAUGUUGAUGGAACGGUUCUCGAUCGGCGGUGUUGGUUUUCUGUGAUUUUAUUUCGGGCAAACAGUGAAAAUUUAAAAGUUUCACAAAACUUGAUUGUUUGAUUUUAGAGUGUUUUUUUUAUAAUAUUCGUUGUUAAGGAGUUAACAAGUGUGUUUUUGUGUCCAUGGUGCCGAUUGAUAACAUUCUGCAAAAUCACGUUUACCUCGUCCAAGUGAAAAAGUACUUAAAAGCAACGCAUUACGAUGAAAGAUUUGAAAACGGAGACGUUGAAACUGGAGACCAGCAGGUGUGGCAGCAGUGGCGAGGCGCUGCUAAAGCCAUCCUUGCUGCCCAUGGCAUUGGAAUCGUCUGAGUUAGCAAGGGAUCAGAAGGCCCGUGAAAACUGGGGCAGUUCGCUAGAGUUCCUGAUGUCCUGUAUCGCCCUGAGCGUGGGAUUAGGCAACGUGUGGCGGUUCCCAUUCACGGCUCUGGAAAACGGAGGAGGAGCCUUUCUGAUUCCCUACCUUAUCGUCCUGUUCGUGGUGGGAAAGCCGAUUUAUUACAUGGAGAUGCUGCUGGGCCAGUUCUCCAGUCGUGGUAUCGUACAGGUCUUUGACUUUGCGCCCCUCAUGAGAGGUGUAGGCUAUGCUCAGCUAUUGGCCCUGGGCGUUUUGGCCACUUACUAUGCCUCGGUGAUGGCCUUAACGCUGCGCUACUUCUUCGACUCCUUCGCAUCGGAGUUGCCAUGGAGCUUCUGCCGCCCGGAGUGGGGUGAUGGUUGCGUAAGUGCCGCCGGAGGUCAGCCCCUACAAGGUCAGCUCUCGAGGAACUUUAGCUCCUCCACACAGCUCUACUUGCAACGCGUUGUGCUAAAUGAAACGGAUUCGCUGGCUGGGGGAAUAGGUUAUCCGAGUGGUAGCUUGGCCUUAAUGCUGGGAAUUUCCUGGCUUACGGUUACGCUAAUCAUUAUACGGGGUGUGAAGAGCUCGGGAAAAGCGUCUUAUGUCCUAGCCCUCUUUCCAUAUGUUGUAAUGUUUAUCCUUCUCGUGAGGGCUCUUACUUUACCCGGAGCCUAUGAGGGCGUCAUGUACUUCCUAACACCCCAGUGGGGAAAGCUUUUGGAGCCGGAGGUGUGGUAUAAUGCCGUGACCCAGGUGUUCUUCUCCCUGGCCGUCUGUUUUGGCGUGAUCAUCAUGUACUCCUCGUACAACCGAUUUGGUCAUAAUGUCUACAGGGAUGCCAAUAUAGUGACCACUCUGGACACAUUCACUUCGCUGCUCUCGGGCGUGAUUAUCUUCGGCAUCCUGGGCAACCUGGCCCACGAAUCGGGCACCAAGGACAUCGCCAGUGUGGUGAAGGCAGGUCCUGGAUUGGCCUUUAUCUCCUAUCCGGAUGCCAUUGCCAAGUUCAAGAUGUUGCCACAGGUCUUCUCGCUGCUCUUCUUCGCCAUGCUCUUCAUGCUGGGCGUUGGCAGCAAUGUGGGCAUGGUCAGUUGCAUUAUGACCGUGAUUAAGGAUCAGUUCGUGAACAUCAAGCUGUGGAUCAUCGUGGUCUGCCUUUCAUUAGUUGGCUUUCUUGUGGGCCUGAUUUACAUAACACCCGGAGGACAACAUAUCAUCACGCUGAUGGACUUUCACGGCGUGACCUUCGUAUCUCUGGUUUCGGCCAUCUUUGAGCUUAUAGCCGUGGGUUGGAUCUAUGGCACCAAACGGCUCUGCCAGGAUGCGGAAUACAUGCUGAACAUCAAGACUUCCAACUACUACAGGAUCUGCUGGUCCAUUGUAACGCCCCUGGUAAUGGUGGUCAUUCUGGUCUACAGUUUGCUCACCAUGCGUCCUCUAAGCUAUAAUGGCCAGGAGUUUCCUUUGGCCUAUAGGGUUUUUGGCUGGUGUGUAUCUGGUUUCAUCAUUGGCCAGCUGUUCUACUGGGCCUUUUAUGCCAACUGCAGACAGCCAAAGGGAUCGCUAAAGGGCCGCAUUAGCAAUUCAAUUAAGCCGCACUCCGAUUGGGGUCCCUUGGAUCCCAAAAAGCUGAUGGACUACCAGAUGUUCCUGCGCCACAAGGAUGAGGAUGAUUCCAGGGACAUAAAUCGUCGCUGUGUUUGCUAUACAGCUGGCGAUCGAAUUUUCGGCUGAGCUGGAAUUUAUUUAACUUCCAUUAAAGUAUUGUUCCUUCUUCAUACAUAUUCCUAAUUGGAAAUUUGUGUAUGGCACAGCUUGUUUAGUUGUACUUAAUAUAUUUUAUGUACAAUUUUAUAUUUUAUUUAUACAAAACGAAACCAAAUAAAAAUCAAUUAACUCAAAA